GAAAUGCGGCUUGACUCGAACUUGACUUGCGGCCGCCUCAAGUCGGCGCCAACGCGCAUCAUAAACCUCCCUUGACUUGAAGCGCCUCCUCGCGGCGGACUUCACUUGAUCAAGUACGCGAAAACUUCAAGACAGGGCCAGCGCUACCUUGAAGUGGGCUUGACAGGUUGAGGAGCCAUGGCGGCUUAUAGGAGCGACGUUGCCAGAAGAAUCAGCGCUUACGAAUUUGCGUGUAGAGCAUGUGAUGUCGUCUUCGGUGAUGCAUUUUACAUGCAAACUGUGCCACGGCCAUGGAUGCGCGACAGAUUGAACCCGAUGGAGCUGUACGACGACGAGGAGUUUCUCACGCGCUAUCGCUUCACGAAGCAAACAGUUCGUGAGCUGCUCGCCUUUGUGCCACUUGAAGCGAGCGGCGACAACCGAGGAUUGCCGCUGACACCCAUGCAGCAGCUGCUUGUGGCACUGAGAUUUUACGGCGCCGGAACCUUUCAAAUUGUGAGCGGAGACUUGGUCAAUGUGUCCCAGCCCACGGUGUGCCGCACGGUGAAACGAGUGACGCGCCUUCUUGCAAGGCACCUGUUCCGAGCAGUCGUCCGCUUCCCAGAUGCCUCACAGCUGUCAGGUGUGAUGCGAGAUUUUUACGAGAUCGCCCACUUCCCCGGGGUGACGGGCUGCAUCGACGGCACACAUGUACGCAUAAAGAGUCCCGGAAGCGAUGACGCAGAAGUUUACCGCAACCGCAAAGGAGUGUUUUCUAUUAACGUUCAGGCGGUUGCCGGACCAAUGCUGCAAUUCUUCAACGUUGUAGCGAGCUGGCCGGGGUCUGCCCAUGACAGUCGCAUAUUUGACAAUUCUAGAGUACGAGUUAUGUACGAACAGCACCGUGUGCCUGGUCUGCUGCUUGGAGACAUGGGCUAUGCCUGCUCUCCUUUCUUGAUGACCCCCCUUGCUGAGCCAGGUCCAGUCAACUCACCAGAAGGCAGGUACAACAAGGCGCACAUCAAGACCCGCAACUCCAUAGAAAGGGCCUUUGGAGUGUGGAAAAGGCGCUUUCCAUGUUUGGACAUGAAGCUGCAGCACAAGCCUCGUAAUGCAGCUCGCAUAAUAACUGCUUGCGCUGCCCUGCACAACGUGGCCCUCCUACGAAGAGAACCCGAGCCACUCGGUCUCCAUGUUCCCACCAGCCGAUGCAGACGUACAGGAAGAAAUACUUGCCAAGAGCACCUGCCCACUGUUAAUGGUGUGGGGGACAAUCUACCUGGCAUGCGUGCACGGCAACUUCUUAUCCAGAGAAGUUUCUCUUAAGAUUGUUGUUUGAAAUCCACCUCGUGUUUCUGAAUAAUAGGGGUGUGUGAACAGUGAAUUUUGAGACUGAAUCGAAUGGAAAUCUAGCAGAAUCAAAUUGAAUGGCUUUGGAAUAAUGAAGAGGCAUUAGCAGCAUUAAUAUAAAACAAUGCUCACAUCCUAGUAUAGUCGGAAAGGUUCUGUCAUUACAUAGCACAUUAUGAAGUGUUUAUUAAAAGCACAAAGAGCAUCAGGAGCAGACCAGUAGUUUCUUUGUAUGCGCAGAACUCUUUAGAGUGUGCAAAUGGUCACUGUAUAGCCUGUAAUGUAUGGCUACCGAAGCAACGUAGCCUGUUCCACUACGCGAGUUCUCAUGUUUUAUGUCCAUACUAUGCCCGAGGGGUAAAAACUUACCGUGCUUUUGCUCCAAUUUUGUUUAAUUAGGUGCAGUUGAUGUUUUGAAAUAUUCAAAAAGUUUCGAAUAUUCACACACCCCUAGUGAAUAGUUGGGUAAUGGGUUUAUGGUUCUGUGUGUCGUGUGGCGUCUGUAUGGCACUACAGACAGACGAAAUGUAAAAAGACCAUGUGUGCUAAAAACUCCGUUACUGAUUAGACACGCAGCCUCAGGGUGUCAUGCAGCUUUUAUUCAUUGCAUUCAAUUUUGCAAGCUCAACUUGCUUUUGAAGAUUCAAUAUUUCUAUUUUGAGCUUAUGCUCUUCAUUUCUUUUUUUCAAGUUGUCUGCAUGCUCCUCUUGCAUCAGACGCAUUCGCAACUUUUGCUCCUCCCUGAGUAAAGCAAUCCUGACUUCAUUUUCGGAAGCCAAAGUUUUCUCUAGGAGUGCCAUCCUGCUUCUGGGUGGCCUCUCGCUUGUAAAUUCUCUGGCUCGUUCUGGCUCGUUCUCCUUGUUUGACUCGAGAAGCUCUGGCGCAGCUGUAGUGUGAUCCACAAUGGGUGAACUUGUAGCGUUCAAGUCAUCCAUUGAUUGGUCGUGUUGUACUAGAUGGCCAGGGCUCCUGUGCUCCUCUGAAAGGAUCAUUAGUUCAAAAUCAUACUCAUCAUGUGGCACACACUUUGCAUCGCUGAAUGUAAAUGCCACAACAAAUUGCUUUCGACAUAUUCAGCUGAGGGUUUUCAAAAAGCCUAAAUGCCUUCUAAAGACAUAUGUAACUUCUCCGCACUGUACAACAAACAGGCUGAAGGUACCAAUUGCACAGACAUGUAUACAGCAUCAAAGCCUCAGAAAACACGAUAAACUGGGAAGUGGUUCCUCCCACUUUCCUCACAGCAGAUUGCCUUCAAGUUUCAUGCUACAAAAACUUUGCAAUGUGUUUCAUGAAAUAGUACUAUACCAUAAUAGUCAUAUGUUGCUUCCACUUCUCCUGUUAUCAUCGGCUGCAGGAGCCGAACAACAGGCUCACUGUCGACGGGGGGGAGGUAGGUUGCGCCAUCAGAGUCUUCUUCAUUCGGUAUUCUGGUGGCCAUGUGGCCUGCCACAGCCCCAACCAAAGCCGACAGUGGUGUCAUGCCUGCUGCAGCAGGUCCUCCUCCUAAAGAAAUGCGCAACAGUUGUAACAUUCUAUGAAGUACAUUUAUGAAGUGCUUUGAGUGGGCCCGUGCACAAUGCACAUUGAAUAAAAAUUUUCAACAUAUUUGAUUUUAAGCAGGUUGCUGAAACUGCUGUGACCCACUCUUUUACUCGCAUCCUCUCCAGUAUUGCAUGCAAGGUAUAUUACAGUACUACAUUGUGCCACAUUUCAUGUUCUCUAAUCUUUGUAUAAAUGUGUUAAUAUUUUCUUAGUACAUGUAUUUUUGUUAUCUGCAUUGCCUUUCAGCGUAUAUUUAGAAGACCAUGUGGUAUUCCAUAAAAUGUCACUGCUGUAUUGUGGAUACAAUACACAAUGCUCAUUGAGGCUGUUCUGAGUCUCGCCGAAAUAGGGUGCAGCAAACUUCUAUGCACAUACGAACAAGUAGGCAGGCUGUUAUAGUAAUAGGGCAUUUCAGGAGUUACAAAAUGUGAUUCAGUGCCAAAUUUUGUGAACUGGAGCUUAUGUGUAUCUGAUCAUACUGAAAUAAAGUACCCUGAGCGUGUCGAACUACUGCUAAGCUGUUUUUGCCAGCAUACAAUUAUGUCGGGGUACCAUUAAAAAGACGUUACUUUUCAGAGCAGUAGAAUGAGCAUAAUUUGCUGUUUUAACAGCUCGCUUGUUGCAUAACUACUUCUAGCCUAAUGCCUGCGUUUAGCAAACCUAAGCUCUGUCUGCUCGUGUGUUACCCUACGCCCCAUGUGACCCCCAUUAUGUGUUCCAGCAUAUGCACCACGCGAGAAGUGCUUGCGCAUCACGUUCAUCACUUUGAGGAAAAAGCUUUUGUACCGUGCACCAUUUCGGCCAGCUGCAAAUCUCAACUCUACACGAAGUACACGUGUAAGCAGUGCAGUACAAACGCGCGAAAACGUGGCAAUGUUAAUUUUUGUGACAACGUCGAAACGCGGAGACAUAAAUAACACGAACAUACAGUACGACGCACUGUUCGUGUCACUUAUACGUAGCGGUGUGUCGUUGUUUUCGCAGUCAAUGACGCGAGCCUCGGCAAGCAUGCAAUCACCGAAGCCAAUAUACUGUCGACACCACACACACAGACACGCAGUUUGACAACACAAUUCCAAUGACCUACACAAUGGUGCUAGUCUUCUACGUUCCAUCAUCAAUAAAAGAUCGCUUACCCGU